CACUAUUAUUUUUUGUUUCAAUUACCAAUUAUGAUUUUGGCUUUCACUCACACUCAUUUUAUUUUCAACUUUUCAGCGUAUGGCAUUGGUACUUCUACAGCAGACAGUAACACAUUAGAAGAAGACCAAGAUGUCGAUCUUGAUGCCCUACUCGGCGACCUCUGCCAAAUGGAGAUUGACCUCCAGCAAAAGAUUGAUGAGUCCAGCGCAAACUCGGCCUCCAAGACUUUAUCAGCGCCCCCUCCCACAUUCAAACCGACACCACCACCCGAUACGGACACCGGCCGUCUGCCCCCGCCACCGCCCAUGCCAGAUAUUAGUGAACAGGACGGUAUGGAGGAUGACCUUCCACCCCCGCCACCGAUGAAUGGUGAGGCCAGGAUGCCCCCACCGCCAGAAGACUUCCCUGCACCUCCAGAGGAAGAUGCAACCACUCCGGUGUCACCCACACCGACGCUUACACCAACACCCGGCGCCCUAGAUUCGCCCAUGACACCGACGACGCCAACACCAAGGCACACGGCACCGGUGCCUGCUCCAUCGGCACCGGCACAGAGGUCGGUGCACCACACCCAACCAACGACACACUUAGACUUCAGUGCCGCCAAUGGUAGUGUCAGAGCACCUGAUGUUAGUGUGACCUCACCUACGUCACCAAGCCCUACGGCUAGCUAUGCAGCGUUUGGAUUACCACCAGAUCAGUUAACACAAAGCGUGAGGGUGAAACUCAAGGACCUGGAGUCGCAGUUGGAGCUGGAUCCCAGUCUCUCGGAGGAGGAGAAAGCCGCCAAACUGAAGUCGGAGAAGAUCAAAAUAGCCCUGGAGAAACUCAAGAAAGCUAGGGUGCAGAAGCUGAUCGUGCGAGUGUACAUGGAAGAUGGAAGUUCCAAGACGAUGUUUGUUGACGAGACGAUGAGAGUUAGGCAAGUCAGUCACAUGCUGGUCGAGAAGAACCAUUUGGACGAGAGACCAGAUUGGACCAUCAUUGAACAGAUUCCAGAUCUCUUAAUGGAGAGAGCGUUGGAAGACCACGAGCAUCUGGUGACAGACGUGAUGCUGAACUGGAAGAGAGAAACAACCAACAGAAUCCUCUUCCAGGAAAGGAGAGACAAAUAUGCAAUCUUCAAGAACCCACAGAACUUCCUUCUCUCCCAGCAUGCAUCAGAGGUGGCGACGCAGUUCGCCGAGAAGUCGAAGCAGUCUCUGAUCGAGGAGUUCUUCAACGCCGGGAACCGGAUCCCCGAGAUAGAGGGCCCCCUCUGGCUGAAGCAGGAAGGCAAGAAGUCGUGGAAGAAACACUACUUCGUCCUCCGAGGAUCCGGUCUCUAUUACUCACCCAAGGGAAAAUCCAAGUCCACCAAAGACAUUGUUUGUCUUGUGCAAUUUGAACACACUAACGUCUACAGCGGUAUGGGUUGGAAGAAGAAACACAAGGCACCGUCAGAUCAUUGCUUCGCUCUCAAGCAUCCUCAAAUCCAGCAGAAAUCCAAAUACAUCAAGUACCUGUGUGCUGAAGACUAUAGGACGUGUCAGAGAUGGAUAGCUGGAUUAAGAUUAGCCAAGUACAAUAAGAUCCUACUCGAAAAUUUCAGCGACACGCAGCGUGAGAUGACGGAGUAUGCUUCCAGCGCUGAAAGUAUGUCACAAUCUAGCAGUCUGACUGAUACUGCUUCCCUCUCAAGUAUGCAGUCUAGCUCAAGCUCGCAAAGCUCAGGCAGUCUCCCCGCAACUCAUGGGUCCAGCCCCAGCAAUAGCAUCACAGCCAACCUCAACGCGCCCCUGGUCCUGCCUCCAAUGACCGCCCAGUAUCGCAAGAGCAGCAUGGGUAAUAUGUUUUCCAAUGCCUGGAAAAAAGGGCAGGAGGCCGAGACGCAUCACCAACUGUCUAUGCAUAGGGAGCGCUACAGCACCCGUUCCUCCUCUCUACCAUCAGGCAGGAUUUUAGACGAGGAGCCACCUCUUGAUAAUCGGCCGCAACUCAACAACCAAUCGAAAGCCAAUUCUGGCAACACGUUUGACGACCUGGACGUCCAGAAGGCGUUGUACGACCUGGAGAGCGAGAUCUGUGCUAGUCAUCCACCUAACAAUCCCACCCCACAACCUCCUCCUCCUACAACACAGCAGCAGGCAAGUAGUUAUAGGUCACCUGCAUCCCAAACUAUCACUGACAAUAGAAAUAACAGUAACGCCCUAACCCGGGUACAGGUAGUCGCUUUGCAUAACGAAGCAGUCUCGGUGACGGUGGCUGAUUCGGCGGGCGCACGCGGCUCCACGGUGUCGGACGAGCCGAUCUGGCAGUGCCAGGCCCCCACGCGGUCCAGCUUGCGGAGGAGCUCGGACACGCAGAUAGGUUGCAGGGGAACCCAGGGGAUCAUCGUCUCUGGGAGACAACGGGGCGGAAGCUUGGCGAGUGCAUGCGUCAAGAGGGUCAAGUUUAAAGAAGAGAUAGAGGAGAAGAUACCGGACAAUAGUCCGGGCUUCGAACCCGAGCAUGAGUACAGUUCCUCGCCACCAACCCCUCCUUUGCAUUCCCCUCCUCCGCUUACUAACCCAUCCUCAGCUAAACCCAUCCCUAACCAUUUUGCUUGUACACCAUCUCAUCUGGAUUGCUUGUCACCUCAGCAGAAUGCUACUGCACGAUCCCCUAGUCCUCCCCCACCUUCUUUCUUUACCCAAUGCAUGGCACAAACACCCUCAACCAGUGACUCCCAUCCCUCCUAUUCACAGCAGCUAGGACCUCAAACUCAGGCCAGUGAAUACCACCACCCUUACACCCACACCGCAACUGCUACCAGGGCCCAGCAGGAUGAUAUCGUCUACGGCCAACCCAUGACCUAUGCCGGAGGGCCGGAAAACUACCCCCAGCCCACGCAGGGUAGCCAGGAAAUCGUCGCCAAACAGCAUAAGCUUAUGGAGCUUGAGCAGCAGCAGCAUCAGCUGCAGCAGGAGUUGCAGCAUCAGAAACUGCAACUGGAAAAGCAGAUUCAGCAGCAGCAGCAAGACCAACUCAAGCAGCAGCUGCAACACCAGCAGCAGUUGCAGCAACAGCGGCAGGAGCAGGAGAGGAGACAGCAAGAUUUGCAGAGGCAGGCUUCUGAAAGAGCUUAUCAGCAGCAACAGCAACAACUUCAGAGACAUUUAUCAAUGGAGAGGUCGCAGCCACAGCAACCACAAUCAAUGCAGAGGCAUGUGUCAUUUGAUGCAGUUAGAUCUCCACCAUCACCGCAACCACAAAUUCAGAGGCAUGUUUCUUUUGAAAGGCCUCCGUCGCAGCAGCAACAGCAGCAGCAAUUGCAGCCACAGAUUCAGAGACAGACAUCAGUUGAUCGGGCACAACAGGGACAGAAUCUGAGGACUCCUCUCAUGAGGCAGAGUCAAGUGACGGAGAGGAUUAAUAAUCAUCCGCAAUACGAUCCCUGGUCGAUGAUGCAGACAUCGCCAUCGAUGUCUCUGUCGUUCCCAUCUUCAUCAUCCUCAUCGUCUUUGAGAUCCAUGACGUCACCCCCACCAUCAAGAUUUCCCUCAUCGCCAACCCCAAUGUCAUCAUCAUCGUCGCAUCGAUCCCUGUAUCAGCCGGCGUCGCCAUCACCGUCGUCGUCAUCAAUGAAGUCCACCUCCGUGUGGGAGCCAUGGCAGUAUCGUUCUUUGGAUAGGUAGCAUAACGUUUUGGGGGGAUUCACACUAGCCAGCUGUAAUUUGCAUGACUGCUUAAUUAGCAUGUCCCUAUUCACACGCAGCUAUUACGUAAGGGUCAUUCACAUAUGGCGCGGUAAUCACCUCAAAAACGCCGCAGCAAACUUUAAAUAUUUCAAGACUUGAAUGGCAAGUGGGAGGCGACAAAAUUAGCAACCCACCUAGACAGCGUAGUCCUUCUGCUUGGAGAAGUUUUUACCAUCUUUCGACUAUUGCCAUUUAAGCCAGAAUCGGUCUCAGCGGAACAUAUUACAUGUAUUCCCAAAUGAAAUAGACUGAUUUUUCAGUCCACCACAUGACUCUCUAUAAACUCGCCUAUACCUGAUGCAACAUGCGUAAAUGUGAAGCGCACUAUGUUUGCACUGUAUGUCAUUUUAUUUUGCUGUGCCAGGAUUUUGAAGCUGUUUACCACUUCAUGUGUGAAUGUACCCCUAGGAGGCUGAUCUAUGUGAAGCUCUAGACUUCUUCUGAAAUACUGAACAUCAGCUGACGAUAUACCUUCCAUCUUGUCCUUAAAAACCUCAAUAAGUUGUAUUGGCAACUCUUUGUCUGUACCACCCACAACUCUAAUACCCAAGCCACAUGACCAAACCAACUACAAGUCGACCGAUAACGAUAACCAAGAGCAUUUUGUCCAUUUGGGGUAGUGUAAUUUUUGUUUGGUCUAUGGUCGAUCUGGUGUUGGUCUUGUCGGGGGUGUCUUGCGGAUAAAGUGUUUGAAGCCCAAAGAUUUUUUAUGACUGAACAGUAAAGAAUCUGACUCAUUGUAAGCCUCCCCCACCCCUCAAAACAAGAUAUGUCAUGAAGAUCAAAAAGUACCGGUGGCUGAUACAUGUAUUUUCCAUUUUAUAAAUGUCAUAGAACUAAAAUGCUGCAACUCCAUGUAUUUAGUCUUCUAGGGAUAAUUCUCUCAUUUCUUUACACAGUGUAGUAUGUGAAUCUGUACUCCCAUAUUUGUAUUUUGCAUUGCAAGCAUCAGAUGCGAUAGCUGGGAGUUCCACCAUUUCGUCAGUAUUAAUUUUAGAACAAUUAUUCAACAGUCGCCCAAUAAUACCCAUGCACCAUUGUAUUAUUUGUAUAUCGAGGACUAGAAAUGGGGAAGAGCUCAAGAUUAGCUUUAAUGAACUGCAUGUUAGGUAAGGACGUUCCACAGUAAUGUUAGAGCGUACCUUAGCUACGCAGGGCCAGCUGAUCAUGUAUUUACUAUGCGCAAUACCAGAAACUUCAGGCGCUGUGCAUGGUGAAUACAUAACCAGCCGCCCUAAACUGCUAAGGUGCACAGGAACAGUACUGAGGAACACCUUAAAACAAAUUUCAUGGUCUCCCCUCCUUCAAGGAAGUCUAGCAUUUAAAGCACGGUCUUGAUGUACAUGUGACUCUUUUCCAUCCUGUUUCAAAAUUAUGCAAUUUAGAAAUUAAAGUGCACUUGUCUAUUAGAAGAUUUAGAAACAAAACACCUUCAAAAAAAAAGCGAUGGUAUGGUAUAUUUUUUACCAUACAUUGACCUUUAAUUUUACAUAGAUUGAUAUAAUUGUUAUCCUGUAAUCGUUGUAAUAUAUAUACUUACUAAACUGAUCAUGAUGCAAUAGUGAAAUCGUAGUGCUUAGAGAUUACCGGUAGUUGUAUUGUCGAUGAACAGUAUGGUUGUGAGAAUUACAUGUAUGUAUGUAAAUAAUAAUUUUAUUGGGGAGAGCAUUAAUUCAACUUGUAUCUGUACAUGCUUGGUGUGAUAUACUUUGUAAAUCUACAUCAAAUUAGGAUUUCUCUAAUCCAGUAAAACAACAAAAAUGGAGGAACAUGUAACAAAAGUGAAAUGCCAAAUUGUAAACGAAAGAAAUGAUUUUGAAUUCCACAUCUCGGCCAACUUUAGAUUUGUAUUAACUCUAAAUUAUGUUCCUGCACAUACCCAUAUGCACUGCUUGAUAAAAUCAAAUUAUCCAUGUAUCAUAUCAGCUCAUUUUGCACAUUGUCUCUUAUGGGAUGAAUUUGAGUUGUGCCAUAUCCCAUAGUUUUAUGGUUGACAUUAAUUAGAUGCCUAGAACAGAAAGUCAAGAAUGACGAUUGUAAUGAAGAUAAAGUUCAGAUAACGCAGGCUUAUACAACCUGCAAGUGUACUACAUGUAUGAUUGUAGUAUUUUUAAAAAUUAUUUAAACUGUAAUAUUGUUUAUGUCAAAAGGUGCUACCAAUAAAUUAGGAAAUUUCCUAAAGACAGUUGGGAUUCAAAAAGAAAUUUCUUGCCAUAGAUAACAGUGCCAAUUGAUUUUUUUUUCUUCUCCAAACUUUCUUGUACAGUUAAACUUAGAACAACUCAUUUCUUUGGGUAAAAUGAUGAGACAUGAUAAUAAUUCUUUAGUUGUGAUUUCAAGGAUGGUACAUUACUCUUCUUGUAUGAAGAAGCUUUGCCUUUUAAAUUGGCUAUUUAGUUUAUAUCCUUGUACUCUUUAUAAAGAGUUGAACAUGUAACUUUUUCCUGUGAAAACUAAACUUUCUAUGGCUUGUAUUUGUUCAGAUAUACAUGUAAGGAGAGAGAUUAAUUGAAAUCAACUCUAGAAAGAAUAAAGACAUCUGCAUUUUUUAAAUUAUAUAGUAGACCACACAUUGAUCAAUAUCAUUGAGAUCAAAUUUUGAUAAAUUUAGAGUUAUAGCAAUUAUAGUUCUCCCCCAUACUGGGCUCUAUGUUCAGAACUGUAUUUUAUCAUUUCCAGAUCAAUUCUUUGGAUGUAUGUAUACGGCAUUUCAUCUCCCUCUUAUUUAGGACUUAUAGAAUAGGAAUAUUAAUAACAAAGUCUUUGAAAGAUCUUUUUAAUUAUUUGCAUGUAUUUCAUGUGUAGGAUGGAAUGUAACCUUCUAUUAUUAUUUUUCAAUAGUAAUUAAUCAAUUAUCUAAUUACUAAUUUUCAUGCAUUUUUCUUUAACACCAGUACUACAGGUUAGAAAAAGUAUGUGUGUGUUUACUGUUUAUUCCGAUAAUGUCAGUUUCUUGAAUUUCUUUUGAAGAGUAUUUAAUAAUCUUCAUAGAAUUUUCAUUUAUCAUUAUUAAUCACAACAAAAAUCCAAGCAUGGCAUUGUUUUGAAGUUAUUACUGAUGUACACAGUAAUAAAAUAAAAAUGUAUAGUACAUUGUAGUUGAGAUUGUAUUAACGGAAUCCCUGAUAUUCAAACUGUAUAUAAAUUUUGGUUUUCAUAGUAUGCCCCAUCCUGCAAAAAAACCCCAGAAAAUUAGGAGGUUUAUUAGAUCUGUAUGGUAAACAAAGUAAAGGUCUAUGCAAUAAAUAGGAUUAUAUAAUAGGUCAAUAUCUAUGCAAUCGAUAUUAGAUAUUGGUUGAUUAUGCUUGUACACUGUAUGUCCCUGAAAAUGUAAAAAUGACCAACAUUGUGAGUGUUUUAGAAAAUUACAAUUCAUUGUCUAUUCCCUUGCAUAUACAUGUACAUGUAUGUUAAUUAAUUACUCUACGCAGAAGAUGAAUUAGUAUUUAUAUAAUGUACUAUUUGUGGAGAAAAUCUAGAUGUUCUAAGUUAAUGCUAUUAACAAGGGUUUGUGUAGUCGUAAACAUGUUACAUAUUUAUUUCAUUAUUUAAAGGAAGAUAUCAUCCAGAUGAAUAUCCCUUUAUACAUGUACAUGUACAUGUACAUAUGCACAGGGUACUUGCAUGAAAAUUUGACAGUUUAGUCAAACUAUUUUACUAACAAAAGGAAGUAAUAUUAAUAAUAAUAUGGAUUUUGUAUAGCACUAUAAAUGAAAAAAACUGUGAUGUCUCUGAGCGCUUUACAGAUAUCAUUAUAUGAAAAAUCAGGGCUGGAGGUAAAGUGAUGGCCAUGUUUUAUCACAUCCAUGGGCAAAAUCUCUGUACAUUCAUAUUUCUAGGGAUGUAUUGAUGUUGAAUGAUGUGUUACGAGUACAGUGCAUGAUAAAUUUGGACGAGUGCAGCUUGAGUUCUAGCCAGUGCUAAACAGGAGCGUAACUAGAUGUGUGGAGUAACCCCCCCCCCCCCUCCCUCCCCUCCCAAUAGCACAUAACAAACAUUUUGUCUGGAAAUUUAAUAUUUUCAUAGAUUGUUGCCAAAUCUUUAAAAAUCAAAACACAUGUUUACCCCUUUUUCUGCAUGUUCCUUGUUCUUGUUGGCGAAUGUGGUUUGACACCUCCCCCCCCCCCCCCCCCCUGUUCAAAAUGAUCUAGUGAUGCCCCUGUGUGGGCGCUUUAAUGAUAGAGAUAGAGUACACCAAAGAAUUCUGAGCAAAGGAAUUUAGUUGAGUGUUUAUGACACAUACCGGUACAUUUAUGUGGGAAGUUUUAAUUGAGUAUGUUCUAGAAUUUUGUAAAUGAUGGUGAAAUUAGAGAACUGUUUUAAUCGUGUGAGGUGUGUGAAAUUUGGUGGUUUAUGCGAGUCUGAUUAUGAGAAUAUGACAAGCAUGCAUUAGUUUGUCUCUUUUUUUUUUUUUUUUCAUGUUACAGUCACGUGUGGUCAGAAAAAUCAAGGGGAACAAGAAAAGCCGUCUAUUGGGAACCUGAUUUUACAUAAAAUCUUUUGUUCAUAUGGCAGGAUUAAUUAAGAAAAAUUGUAUAUAAGAAACAGUGAAAUGUGUAUAAAUGCAGUUGGUCUUCAUAAACUGUUUUCCACGUUUCACAGGAUUGUCAGGAAGUAAAAAAAGUGGUAUAUAAAGUCCUCUACAGAAAGUGGAUUUUUGCUAGCUAGGACAGGGUUGACUACAUUAUACACUCAGCAAAAAAAAAAAGGAAAAAAGUGGAGACUAUUUAUAAUUAAGAUUUUCAAAUAAAUGUUUAAUAUAAAGAUAUCUUUCAUAUCUCAAAAUCAACAAAUGAAUCCUCUUUAAGAUGUUAUGCAAUUGGAAUCAUACUUUUCAAGCAUGAGUGAGCAUAGCCAUUUAUUUAAAAAAAACAGGAUAAAAAGUCUUUGAAAAAUUGCAAAAAUUGGGCGCCUGGUGGUCAACAUUUUACUAUAUUAAAGCAGACAUUCAUUUACCAUACCUUGUAUAUUCUGACACUUGUGAUCAUUACUGGUAUUACCAAAUACCAAACUUACUGUAUUUGUCAUCAUUUUUUUGAAUGGUUGUAGCCUAAUUAAAAACAUGUUUUUGUGUUUAAUAUUGAGCUACAGGUAGAAUGGAUGUAUGGAAGUUGUACUAUGAUGUACUAUGGGUAGCUAGCAAAAUGCAGUCUCUAGAAAGUUUUUGUAAAUAUAAUAUACCUUAUCUCUUCCCUGAUUUAUCACAUGUUGUUUUAUUUAACUGUAAUAAAGAUCAACUUAUGACUAACCAAA